AUGGUGCAGUCACAAUUUGCAUUAUCAUGGGAUUCCUACAAAACCAAUAUCUGCAACGGCUUCAGUGCUCUUCAACAGAAUGGAGAAUUUGUUGACAUGACUUUAGCUGCUGAUGGACAUUUUGUAAAGGUCCAUCAAGUUUUAAUGGCCCUUGCUAGCCCCUAUCUAAAAGAUUUAAUGUCAUCUGCUCCAUGUCAACAUCCAGUUGUUUUUCUCAACAACAUUUCUUAUACAACAUUGUCUUUUUUGCUCGAGUAUAUUUACACAGGAGAAGUUAAUGUUCCAGCAAAUAAUUUUACCUCUUUUGUGGAUGCGGCUAAAGCUCUUCAUAUAAAAGGACUUGAGACAGUAGUUGGCCAUGAGAAUACCCCUGCUAGUUCACUUGCAAAUACAUCACAAACUGAAGAAGUCGAAGAAAGUUACAGUAAUAGUCUGAAGAGAUUAGUUUCAAAAGAUAACAUAGGACAGAUCAAUUUACCAGUUACUGCCAGAAAGAUUAUAAUUAAACAUGAAACCAAUCCUGAUACAUCUUUAAGAUCGUCUACGCAGAGUACGAAUAAUCAUCUCUUUGUAAAGGAAGAUUCCCAUGGCUUUUCGGAUAUGGACGACGGGGGAGGCAAUGAUGAUGACGACGAUUACUGCCUGACGACGAAAACCAUCAGUACUGAACAAGGAAAAGUACCAGCAGUUCCCGUGAACACGAACUUACAAUUCACAGUAUCUAUAAGAGGGUCACUUCAAGUGAUCCUGAACCGGUACAUGUACAAUUUGAAUUCCACGCAAAGCUCAGGCGUGAAACGAUGGCGUUGCAUCGAAUACCGCAAUAAACGGUGCAUGGCUUUCCUAGUCACCAAAGGCAAUGUUGUAUUAAACAGAGCGAAUCUCCACAGCCAUUCCUACCACGAUAAAAAGAUUCUGGCAAAGAUUGAAAAAAACGCUGUUUUCUCAGCACUUGACGAUGCUGAAGGAUACAAGGAAAAGGAGAAAGCCAAAAACGAAGAAGAUACCACUAUGGAUAGCGAAGAUUACAGUGCAUAUGAUCUUAGCAGGGACUCUAGUGAAAAAUGU